AAUUUUUUCAUUUUCAGAAUGGUUGCUGAUGGUAAGAGGAAACGGCAGUUUCAUUCAAGAACAAAUGCACUAGAAGUAUUGGAUGGUAUUGACCUUUCUGGUAAAACAUUUGCAAUUACUGGAACAACAUCUGGGAUCGGAGUUGAGACUGCUAAAGCAUUGAUUUUAAAAGGAGCUCACGUUGUAAUGAUAAACAGGAAUUAUACAGCAUCUGAAGCAUCGAAGAAAUCUCUCCUAAUUGAAACUCCAAAUGCUCAAAUUGAUAUUGUUCAAUGUGAUUUGAAUUCACUAUCAUCUGUGAAGAAGGCAGCAGAUGAAUACUUAGAACAGAAAUGGCCACUCCAUGGAUUAAUUUUGAAUGCUGGAGUUUUUGGUCCAAGUGAAAAAACAACAUCCGAUGGAUUUGAAGCUCAUUUUGGAAUCAAUCAUCUUGCUCAUUUUAUUUUAAUUAAGGAGCUUCUGCCAGUUCUUCGAGAAUCAGCACCAUCAAGAAUUGUAAUAGUUACAUCAAUGCUCAGCAAGCAUACAUGCGUCAAACCUGAUUCCAGAAUUGUGGAAAAGCUUGACACACUUUGUCCAAAAGAAGCAACUCAAUGGUAUUUCCGCCUGUAUGCAAAAUCAAAAAUGUGUAACAUUCUAACCGCAUUCAAAUUGCAUCGAGAUGAAUUUAAAAAUAGAAUAAGUGUUUAUGCAGUUCAUCCAGGAUCUGGAGUUCGCACAGAUCUUCAUAGAGAUUUUGGUUUAUGGAGCAUUGCUGACUUUCUAUCAAUCCCAUUUACAAAGAAUGCAAGCCAGGGAGCAGCAACAAGUCUUUAUUGUGCAGUACAUCCUGAAGUGAAAGAACUGUCCGGAAAGUAUUGGGAAUCGUGUUGGGAUGAUGAAAAGAAUUUGGACAAAAAAGUUUCAAGAGACGAAGAACUUCAAGAAGCUUUAUGGGAACAUUCAGAAAAACUUAUCAUGAAGUAUUUGGACUCAUAAAGUUAGAUUUUAAUUAUCGAUAACUUUUCUUGAAACAUUGCUCAAAAUAAAAUUUUAUUUAUUUUUUCGCCUUUUAGAGAAAAAGAGGAGAUAUUUACAACUUUAAACUCUUCAUAUUUCUCUAAGCUAAUUUUUUUUAAACUUGAGGUAAUAUUUUAAAUACGAGUCUCGCUAUAAUAAUAAAAAUUCAGCCAAUUGAAA